GCUGUAGUGGAUGAUGAGUAUAUAAAGAGGCUGCCGAGGAUGAAUUGUCAUCAAUAGUUACCUCGUGCUCUUGCUGCAGUGAUCACAGGAAUUCUUUAUACCAAAAACACAACACAGUCAACAUGAAGGCCAUCCUUGUUCUUGCCGUUCUCGUCGCUGUCGCUCUUGCCGCUCCUCUGGAUGAUUCCCGCAAUGCUCAGAUUCUCCGCUAUGAGAACGACAACAUUGGUGUCGAUGGAUACAAAUUCGCCUACGAGACCAGCGACGGCGUGGCUCGCCAGGAGGAGGCUCAGCUGAAGAACAUCGGAACCGAGCAGGAAGCCAUCGUGGUGCGAGGAACCGUGUCCUGGGUCGGUCCUGACGGCGUCACCUACAAGCUCGACUACAUUGCUGAUGAGAACGGAUUCCAGCCUCAGGGCGACCAUUUGCCUAAAGCCUAAACUGCCCCAAAUCUAGUUUGUACGAAAUAUUCUUCCACUAAGGCCAAUAAACACUAUUUAAAAAGGAAAA